AUGCUGCUCACUAUGCCAGCACACCUGAAUCACGAGCAGGUGCGGGUCUUUCUACCGGGGUGGCCAACCAAGCUGCUUCGAACCCGGGCCUCCCUGAAGCAGCACCAUGGCUGGCUCUGGUGCUGGGUGCAACGACCAGGCUGGGAGCCCGAAGCACCCUGGCUGCGGCUGCAGGCCUGCCUCAGCAAGCUGAGUGGCAGCAGUGGCGAAAGUCGGACACCCAGUGUGUUGCUACGAACGCAGCAGCAGCUACAGAAGCAGCAGGACAAGCCGGUCCCUGGCACUCCGCCGUCUUCUCCCGUGAUGCAGCGUCGCGGAGUCACCAGGCUUCUGCGUUCUUACCGAGCUUUGUCGCAGUGUUGUUCGCCGGCACGACCAUCAAGGCUAGGAAUUGUCCACGAGGUCGGUGGCACUAUGACACAGCCAUGCACAGCGGACUCAUUGCAGGCGUGCAAUGAUUCAAUGGCGGUCGACAGCUAGGGACAGUAUCACUAGUGCCUUAGGAAAGCUGGUUAUAUUAUUUUAAUUGCAAUGAUAUUUAUGCAUUGUUCGAAAGUUGGCUUAAUUCCAUAGAAAUGUUAAUUGAGGGUAGGCAGAAGGAACCCUGCGGCACACAGUGGAGGUCACCUAGUGGAAAGAUGUCUGUGUAGACUGUUCUAGGAGCGUACUGCUCUGAGGUCAUUGGACGACGAUAGGCACCUGCAGUUUCUUUGUAUGUGUGACAUCAAUUUUUUACUCGUGUGCCAAAAUGCUAGCUGAAUAAUUAUUUUGUGACUUUUUCUUAGUGCUGAACUAUAACAGACAGAAAAAUGUUGUGCACUGCUCGCAGGAAUACUACGAGCCCUAUUUUUUAGUUGUGAACCCUUCAUAAAAAAUAAACAUGUGAAUCGGACUUGUGCAAAUGGACCCAAGGGAGAAGCAACAAUGUUCCUGUGCAUCGACAUGCUUCGGCCACAGGGCUGGAAUGGCGGACCGCUCAUGUGCACAGCACAGAAUCAGUGCACCUCUCCAGGAACUGGCACGCACCUUCACCAUGUCAGACAGGCCCUGUGCGAAUUGCUCGUCUAUCAUAAUAGUCUGCAUCAGAAUGAUGUCUUAGCAUAUAAAAUCUCGGAAAGUGUUUUUAAGCAACCAGAGUCAGGAAUACAGACAGUUAAGUUCGGAAGAGGUUUUCAUUUUAGCACUAAGCAUUGUACUGCAGUACAAGCAUGAAUUCUUUAUUGCUCAUGCACAACAGACAAAGUAGCAAUAUUCAUCUGUAAUUUGAAAAUGAUGGAUAUCUAUUUGUGAUUGACAAACAUACAUCAGAAACUGCUGUAUAAACUGACAUAUGAACCUAAUGUCGCUGAAUUCAUUUGAUAGCAAUCUGCACAUUACUGUUGAGCUCAUUGACCACAUUGUUUGCAUUAUCAUGUCAUUUGCAGGUUUGUUUUAUAAGGUCGCUUCUACAAAGAUGUAACACAAAGCUUUAUGGUUGAGCUUAGUGAGAAUAACCGGUUUAAUCCGGACAGGGGUGAAACAGCUGUGCCAAUGUCCGCCAAACAUGCUUAUUUGUGCCACCCUGCUCUAAACCGCUGUUGCACCAAACUCGUUUAUCAGUGUCGUACUGAGCACCCUAAUGUAGCCACAAAGUGCCACAGCUAUCAAGCCCCUGUGCAAGAAGACGUGGCUGAAAAGUCCUGCUUUUCAUUAAGGUUGUUGAACAGCAGCUUUGUAGUUUGAUUAUUAAAGACGCGAUAGGUGUUGCUGGCGUGCUCUAUAUUGGCAGGCAUUGGCGCAGAUAGCUCCUGAACAUUUUCUGCGCUCUCGAUUCAAAGUGACUUUGUGAGAAAAGCAUCUCUCUCUGGUGCUGCCAUAUGCUCUCAUACCAGUGUUUUCUAAAGUUAUGCAACAUCGGAUCAGAAAAAGUUGCAUACCUGCCAGCUUCACAAUUUGUUGCCCAUGGAGAGAUUUAUUUUUUUUAACUUGAUAGCAGCAUCCAGAAAAGCAGAAAUGGUGACGGCAACAGUAUUCAAAAGAAGUGGAGCUAA